GUCGCAAGUCAUGGGCGCACGAUGUCCGAUUUUCUACACUGUACGAAGAGAACUUCAAAUCGCAACUGUCUUCUGCAUUUACGGUGAUAUAUUCUUCAAAAUGGCUUUUUUGCAAAAGAAAACUCUCUAAUUGAGAUUUUGUCAUUAAUCGGCAUACGGUCCGUUGAAAUCCGCGCGCGUGGGGGUGUGUUAUUGAUGGUUGACACGUGCGCCAGUAUAUUAUGUGUAUUGUUCUGGUUUAAGUGAGCAAGUAAAAUUAAUCCAAAUCGAAUUUGAAAACACCAAAAUGCGGUGAUUACAACAUUUCAUUGAUUAACUAUACGAAGUUUUAAAGAAAAUUAUUAUGGAAUGUGGUAACCAAAAGAGAAGAAUGAGCCUCAAGGGAUUAACGAUCAUUGGAAUGUCGCACGCACAACCUACUGAGUGACAUGGCCCACCAAAAUGGCUCAAUACCCUCUGGCUGGGAACCGCUCGGGGGACCACCGUCAGAACCUCCCGAACAACCCUGGACGGGUGUGGAUCACCUCUCCGGCCCACUUAAUCCCUUAUGUAUCACAGAUGCUGAUCACGAAAUAUUAAGGCCAAAACCGAGAAGACUGUCGAGUAACUCCAGAGCUGAGCAGGUGUAUCCAUCUUUAGAGGGCAGCGUGGAAAAUAACAAAGAAAAUAAGUCGUUACAUGGAAAUCCAGCAUCAAAUGCCCUACAGGGGAAAGUUUCGUACAACUGUACGUCAUCAGAAUCCACACAAUUUACGGAGAGGAUGGUAUCACCAAAAUGUAAAGUCGAUCAUUUUCCUCAACUUUAUAUUGCCAAUAAUGUUAAAACAGCGACAUUUAACGAACAACCUGAUAAGAGCAACAUAUCGAACGCUAAAAAUAAUCUGAUGGCCAAUCGAGAAUAUGGUAGUAAGUAUAGUUGCAAUCAUGUGUCGAUGAGCAUGGUACCAGAAAGGGAUACGGCCCCCAAUAAAGUUUCGAGUGCCAUCGGGAGCUUGAAACUCCCAAAUUCUUCUCAAUGUGUUUCCAAAUACAACGAACCAGAUGACCAACACCGCAUGGUGACCUUAAGGCCGCACCACCAUGUUAGUAUAGACGAGCUGCGUUUGCAGCAACGUGCACAACAUUGCAACAGCUCAUCAGAUGAAAAUCGGUCAUCCGGCCAUGCGAGCAUGUCGGACACAGGCAACAGUUCCCCUCGCGGGAUCAACUCGGCAACCCAUGACCGCCUAACCGCCGGUGUUAUUCAACGGUCUACAAGAUCUCGAGGAAAUUCGCAGCACACAAGAUCGCGCCAUCGCGCCACCCCGGCAAAGCUUCAGGUGCCCUGGAGCGGAGAGGGGGGAUUGGAGGAUAUUAAAAUGGCACUGCAACAGUUGACUAUGCGAUCCCAUACGUCAACGAGUACCUAUUCGAGUGUAAGCGCGGGAUCGGAGAGCUCGGAACCGGCAGUUCGUCGUUUAAUUCGCCACUCAUCCCUAGAGACCAUAAAUACCAAUAUUACAAGCGCCGAUGAAUUCGUAUGGGUCGAUUCGCACAAUCGACUUGUCGAAUUGCAGCACUUGCCCUGGACCAAUCAUUGCAUUCUUCGCGUUUUACAAACGGGAAGGUGUCGUGAUCACAUGUCGAGAGUAAGUGUCGAAACCAUACCGCGACUGUCAUACCUUUUGCAACGCGCCCUCGUGCGGCUGAGCAGGGAAACUCAACGCUUAUCUUCCAAUCUUGGUAUAUGUACAAAGCACGAUAUUAUGAUUUCUUUUCGGAUUAUACUGUGUCCGCCGUUGGCCGAUUCGUGCAUUAAAGCGUGCCAACGGGCCGCCGCUAUGCUGGCCAUGUCUGGGGAUGGAGCGUUUCGUCAAAGCAAAUCGUCUCGGGCUGGAUUGCAGCUGCAUGUUGGUAGAUUCCAUCGAUGGAUGGUGGACGUGAAAUUCGCACGAUUCAUUCAUGAAUAUGCUGCCGUGUAUCUCUGCGCGGGUGUUGAAAAUCUACUCGAAGAAAUACUGCUGCAGUGUUUGCCAAGUGACUCCGACAUUACGAUCACGGCGACCCUUUUAGAACACGCCAUUGCCAACAACGGAGAUUUAUGGGGACUUUUGCAGCCGUACGCCCACCUUAACGCCGGCCGCAUUGCGUCCGGAGCUCUCGCGCUUCCGAGGUGGGCCUCCACGUCGAGCGUUACUUCGGGGCGCGAUUCCAGUAGAGGCAGCGGUCCGCCCGAACCGUCGUUGAUGACAACGUGCGUCGGGUCACUGUCCGAGCUGCAAGAGCUAAUCAACAGGAUGCAUCCACGAAUACCUCUGUGCCCGCAGGCUAUUAGAGCGCUGUUUUACUUUAUGAGAUGUUCGCAGUUGGAGCAUGGAGAGCAGGGAGAUAGCGCGGUACAGGAGUUGUGCUAUGAGCGGGCGUACGUUGUUCUGCCGCCGCUUGUUGAGUGGUUAAGGGUGGCAGCUGCGCACGGUGAACACCGGUUUGCAGCAGUGCUAGAUCGCGAUGACAUCAUGCAGUCUGCGAGAUUAUUACUUCCAGGUGUGGACUGUCCCGUCCGACCCAUUGGAGAAGAAGCAAUCCGAAUAAGACGCAUGAAUGGUGGCGAAGAAGACUAUCUCGAAGCGUCCAGGCAAAUCAAAAUUGAAUUGGCGUUUAGGUUAAUGCUAUCGGGUAGACCUGAGCUGAUUCAACAGGCUAUAACCUUGUUACCCACAUCGACAGGACUGGACACAUUCACUUUGCAAGGUCAUACAGCAUUGAUGCUUUCAGCUCUUUACAAUGAUGAUAUAACGCUGCUGGCAUUAUUGGACGCGGGCGCCUCCUGCGACGUAGAAACGCCAGCAACUGGGAAUCCACUAUACGCCGCAGUUAAUGGCGAGACCCAACACUGGACCGCGCUUACGUAUGCAGCAGCUCGCGGACACACGCGCUGUGCUCGUUUAUUAUUGGAACGGGGUGCUAACGUUGAAGGAGGUGCCAAUCUCAGCGAAGACAAGUGCACCCUUACACCUCUUCAAGUCGCCUGUGGAGCAGGCGCAGUCGAUAUGAUUGCGCUAUUACUCGCACAUAGCGCAAAUCCGUUCAUAUCGACACAGCUAAACGAUACACUCUGUUACUCGGCUUCUGCACAAAGAGGUUGCUAUAGCGCCUUGUCUGUUGCCGCGGCCCACGGUCAACGUGCCAUUUUGCAAAAACUAGUCGCUCAACCUAUAACCACAGUAAACAGAGACGUACUAUCUUUAGAAGAGAUGUUAGCCGAAGGAACAUCCACAAAAGACAAUGGGUCAAGUUCCUCAAGCUCUACCCCACAAUUUAAUAAAAUGCAAAUGAAGAUAUUACAAGAGACCAUGUACCACAGCGCAGAAAAUAAUCACCUUGAUAUCACCGUGGAAAUUCGCACGUUGGGAGUAACGUGGUCUCUUCAUUGUUGGAUGCACUCACUGGGAGCGGCUCACGAAGCCAGACUAGAUUGCGUGAUAGAUCAGCUAUUGCAAGACUUUCUCCAAGUGUGUCCCGACGAUUAUAGUUCGCAAUUUGUACAAGAAUGUCUACCAUUACUGUUCAAUAUAUUCCGUUACAGCAAGAAAGAGGGCACCACGCUAUUGUUGGCCGAUAUUUUUUCUACCUGUUUCGGGUGGGAACCUAUCAAACCGGUUCGCGAUUGCGUUCCAAGCAGCAGUGUAGGUUCUCGGAUUGACCCCAAGUAUGUCAACAAUCCAGAACUAAGCGACGUGACAUUCAAAGUGGAAGGACGUUUAUUCUACGCCCACAAAAUAGUACUCGUUACAGCAAGCCCCCGAUUACGAGCGAUGCUGAGCUCAAAGUUGUGCGAAGGAGGCACUCCCACAGUUCAAAUUAACGACAUUCGUUAUCACAUUUUUCAAGUAAUAUGUGCUUGCCUUCAUGAAGGGGGAUGUAAAGAUUUGGAACCAGCGCCCGAGGACAUCUUGGAGCUUAUGGCGGCUGCAAAUUUUUUUCAACUGGAAGGUCUACUGAGAUAUUGCGAAGGGCGAUGUGCCGCGAUUUUAGUGUUGGAUAAUGUCGUUUCUAUGUACAUACACGCAAAAGUAUAUAACGCAAUUCAACUGUUAGAGUAUUGCCAAAGCUUUCUGUUGCAAAACAUGGUCGCACUGUUAACGUAUGACGACUCUGUCAAGAGACUUUUAUUCGCUAAGAAAUUACCUAAUCACGAUGUGCUUGGAGGACUGCUAAGCACGUUGCAAAACAGAAUUAAAAUGCGUAGAUCGCAAGGUAACGCAUGUAAACUUCCACUGAGGAGUGGAACCAGUAAGUAAUAAGCUUAUGUGCUUAACGUACGCACGUACCUAUUUAUUGUUACAGAAGUUUUUGUUUUGUAUUAUUUACGUUUCCUAUUUAUAUUAAGCACUUAAUAUACAUUUUAUAUAAUUA